AUGACUUUUGUUCAGCUUAAGAAGGAUUGUGAUUGCAAAGUCAAAGAGUAUAUUGAGCUUAAGGAGAUUUCGCAGUAUACAGCUUUUGUGUUCUUGCUGCUUGUGCUGGAAGCUGCAAUUACUGCAGAUAUAUUUCUGAACAGGAAUUGGGAAGAGGAUUUUCCACCUGAUCCAACUGGGAGACUUCAUGAGUUGAAAGAUUUCGUACGAUCAAAUUUCGAAUUGUGCAAAUUGAUAAGCAUGCUGGUUGUGGUUGCACAGGCGCUGUCCAUCUUCCUUGCGAUGGUUCUGAGGGCUUUAGGGCCAGAUCAUGUCUACUACUAUGACAGUGAUGACGAUUCUGUGCCUGCAAGGCUUCCUCUCCUCAGAAACGAGACUCAGAAUACUAGCUACGUAGCUAACACUGGCUUAUUUCUGAAAAAUCACCCUUGGUUUGUCAGAAUUCAUGACAAGAUUAGAAGUAAAAGUUGAUCUGAUUUUCUUCGAAUGCAGCAAGCUAUUCUUUUGAUCACUGAGCUCUGCUGCUACUCUACUGACAGAAGAGUCCUAAUUGUUGUGUAAAUGAACAGAUUCGCGUAGUCAUAACUAAUGCAACUGUGAUAUGAUACAUAUAUAUAUAUAUAUAUAUUAACUAAAAGGAAGGUUGAUAUACUGAGCUGGAACGCUUAGCAAUCCUGGAUGAGGCCCAGCGAUUUGUUCUUGUUGAAAGGUUUAUGAAAUACUUGGUGCUUAACUUGAUAUUUUGGGUCUGUUGUUGUUCAUCUAUGUUGAUUGGAGUUGAUCUAAAUUCUUAAAGAGUUUUUAACUCAUGGAGAGUAUUGUUGAA